AUGCGUUUUCUCCCAACCGUCGUUCGCAGUUUCUACGCCUUUUCCAACGCCACUUUUCGAGUAGCACCCCCACCUCUCAGACCAGCUCUUGGGCCUACCGCGAAACUGGGUCUUCCUAGCAUUCCUUUCCUCGGAGCUUUCUUUGGAACCUCUUCUUCAAACAAUAUGACCUACCCAUUGCAGAAGGGCAAGGACGAGUGGCAAGCUCAGCUUAGCCCUGAGCAAUUCCGCAUUCUCCGCGAAAAGGGCACCGAGGCCCCCUACAGCAGCGACUUUGACAAGCACAUGCCCUCCGAGGGUGUCUACACCUGCGCCGGCUGUGAAGCUCCUCUCUACAAGGCAAACCACAAGUUCAAGUCUGGCUGCGGCUGGCCUGCCUUUUUCGAUGCUGUUCCUGGUGCUGUGACCAGACAUGUCGACCGUACUUUUGGUAUGGAGCGUACUGAGAUUGUUUGCUCCAACUGUGGUGGACAUCUUGGUCACGUCUUCAAGGGAGAGGGAUAUCCUACCCCUACUGACGAGCGUCAUUGCGUGAACGGAGUCUCGCUCAACUUCAACAAGAACGACCCUGUCAAGGACUCAAAGGCCUAA